GCCCACGCUCUCUUCUCCCCGCCCCGCAGGUCCCGGGGACGGGGAGCAUUCGGUAUCUGGCGUCCGUGCGUGAUGACGCACAUGCGCGCCAAGACGUGGGGACGCAGGCGGGGGCCGUAGAGAACGUUUGGCUGCCUGUAUAUCUUUCCCGAUUCCUAAAACCUGACCGUGUGUCCGCAGCACUGGUUUGAUAUCCAACUAUGCAGCGGAGAUCAAGGGGAAUUAACGCUGGACUUAUUCUGCUCCUCUCUCAAAUCUUCCAUGUUGGGAUCAGCAAUAUUCCACCCGUUACCCUCGCAACUUUGGUUCUCAACAUCUGGUUCUUCUUGAAUCCUCUGAAACCGCUGUUCGAGUCCUGCCUUAGCGUGGAGAAGUGUUACCAGCAAAAAGACUGGCAACGCUUGCUGCUUUCUCCUCUUCACCACGCAGACGACUGGCAUUUGUAUUUCAACAUGGCAUCCAUGCUCUGGAAAGGAAUACAUCUGGAAAGAAGACUAGGCAGUCGAUGGUUUGCCUAUGUCAUCGUCACAUUCUCCUUGCUCACUGGAGUGCUGUACCUGUUCUUGGAAUUUGCUCUUGCAGAAUUUUUGGAUGAACCUGGCUUCAGAAGCAACUGUGCUGUAGGUUUCUCAGGAGUUUUGUUUGCUUUGAAAGUUCUUAACAACCAUUAUUACCCUGGAGGCUUUGCCAACAUUUUGGGCUUUCCUGUACCCAACAGAUUGGCUUGUUGGGCAGAACUUCUGGCUAUUCAUUUCAUCUGGCCAGGGACUUCCUUUGCCGGGCAUCUGGCCGGGAUUCUUGUUGGACUGAUGUACACUCACGGGCCUCUGAAGAAAAUCAUGAAAAAAUGUGCAGGCGUUUUUUCCUCCAAUAUGCAUUAUCCCGGACAGCAGUUCCACGUUAAUAGUUCAGGCUACUCCAGAUAUCAGGAUUCUUACCAGUAUGGCUGGCCAGCUUACUCUGAAGAAAUACCCAGGAACUAUGAUGCCUACACAGCAGGACUGAGUGAGGAGGAACAGCUGGAGAGAGCAUUAAGAGCCAGCCUCUGGGACCGAGGGACCAGCGGGCCGAGCCCCCCGCCCUACGGGUUCCAUCUCUCACCAGAAGAAGAAAUGAGAAGGCAGCGGCUUCGCAGAUUUGACCACCAGUGAGGGGCCCGCUUGCGGGAUUACGACCCGUGUGGUUCUUCCCCCGAGCCUGCCUCUGCACCGAAGCCCAGUGCAGCCUCCUCUGCCGUGGGCUUCACUCGCCAUCCUGGGGCCCCCGUGGGUCUCCGCACGUGGCCAUGUUGACUUGUCUUGAGAGCAGCCUUCUGGGUACGGCUCCCAGCUGUCCGGGGAGCGGCCCUUCUCCUGGCCCCUGCUCCCCGACAGGUAGAAGGGCGGUUCCACCUCACAGCAACCCACCUCCACACGCCUCUCUCU